AUGGGGAAGGCAUCUAAGCGGAAGCGAAAGGUCUCAGCGCCUUCCACAGCCAAGGGCCCUGUGAAGUCAGCUGUGGCCAUGGUCAAGAGUAACCCCUUUGAGGUGAAAAUCAACAGGCAGAAGUUCAGCAUCUUGGGGAGGAAGACCAAGAAUGACGUGGGGCUGCCUGGUGUCUCACGGUCCAAGGCCAUCAAGAAGCGUACCCAAACGUUACUGAAAGAAUAUAAAGAAAGGGAAAAGACAAAUGUGUUUAAAGAUAAACGUUUUGGUGAAUAUAACACCAAAAUAAGUCCAGAGGAAAAGAUGAUCAGACGGUUCACUUUGGAAAGACAGCAAAAUUACGGAAAGAAGAGUAUCUAUAAUCUUAAUGAAGAUGAGGAACUGACUCAUUAUGGCCAGUCUUUGGCAGAAAUUGAAAAACUAAAUGAUAUUGUUGAUAGUGACAGUGACACAGAAGAGAGAGGAAUACUGUCAGCUGAAUUAACUGCUGCUCACUUUGGAGGGGGUGGAGGCCUCCUUCGUAAAAAAGCACCAAGUGGGCAGCAAGAUGAAGAGGAGGAGAAACCUAAAUCUAGGAAGGAACUCAUAGAAGAGAUGAUAGCCAAGUCUAAGCAAGAAAAGCAAGAGAGACAAACUCGGAGAGAAAAUGCAUUAGAACUCACAGAAAAGCUUGACAAAGACUGGAAGGAAAUCCAAACCCUUAUUGCUCGCAAAACUCCAAAGUCAGAGAGAAAGGACAAAGAAGUAGAAAAACCCAAGCCUGAUGAAUAUGAUAUGAUUGUUCGAGAACUUGGAUUCGAGAUGAAAGCAAAACCUUCAGAAAGGAUGAAGACAGAAGAAGAAUUGGCAAAGGAGGAGCAGGCACGACUCCAGAAGCUGGAGGCAGAUCGACUACGUCGAAUGCGUGGAAUAGAUGAACAGGAGAAUAAAAAGAAACCCAGCCAUGUGUCAGCUGAUGAUCUGGCUGAUGGCUUUAUUCUGGAUAAAGAUGACAGACAUUUAUUGUCUUACAAGGAUGGAAAAAUUAAUAUCGAAAAUGAAGAGGAGGAGGAGGAGGAAAAACAAGAGGAGGAAGAAGAGGAAGAUGAGAAGGAAGACAAUGAGAAUGAAGAAGAAAGUGAGGAAGCAUCUAAUGAAGAUGAGGAGGAUGUUGCUGCAGAUAGCCACUCUGAUCUUGAAUCUGACCUUGAGAGUGAAGAAGAAGCUGGAGGGAAUACAGAACAGAAGAAACACAAGACCGAUGAAAACGAAUCACAGAAUGUGGAGGAACUAGAUCCAAAAAUGAAAGCUGCUGAAUCAGAGCUUCCCUAUACAUUUGCUGUUCCUGAGUCCUAUGAGACAUUUAAGUCUUUAUUGGCUGGAAGAACAAUAGAACAACAGCUUAUAAUACUGGAGAGAAUUCAGAAAUGCAAUCAUCCAAGCCUUGCAGUGGGAAACAAAGCAAAGUUGGAAAAAUUGUUUGGCUUCCUUUUGGAGUAUAUUGGGGAGUUAGCAAGUCUGGAUGUGCCAGAGCUCAGAACUAUUGACAAACUGGUCCUGCCAUUGUACAAUCUUUGCCAGAUGUUUCCUGAGGCAGCCAGUGACAGUAUUAAGUUUAUCCUUCGAGAUGCUGCACAUGAUAUGGAAGAAGUAAUUGAAGUCAAAGGCCGUGCAACAUUUCCAGGCUUGGACACGCUUAUUUAUUUGAAAAUUACAUCUCUGCUGUUUCCAACUUCUGACUUCUGGCAUCCAAUUGUAACACCUGCUUUUAUGUACAUGAGUCAGCUACUUACCAAGUGUCGCAUCACAACAUUGCAAGAUGUUAUUAAAGGGCUAUUUAUAUGCUGUUUGUUCCUGGAAUAUGUAUCUCUCUCCAGAAGAUUUGUACCAGAACUCAUCAAUUUUCUUCUUGGAGUACUUCACAUAUCUCUCCCCAAAAAACAGGCCCAGGGCUAUACUGUUGUGCAUCCAUUUACACCAGUGGGGAAAAAUUCAGAACUGCUUUUGGUGUGUGAUAAGAAGGAUCUGGAAAGUUGGCAGAAGCAAAAACUGCCAUUGAGUAUUGUGAAUAGAUUAAAGGAAACCAGCAGAACAGAAAUGAAUCAUAUCAGGUUGUCAUGCCUAGCCCUGUGUUUUGACCUUAUUAAAAAAUGCGCAGCUCUGUACGAGUCUUUACCAUCAUUCCGUGAAAUAAUGUAUCCUGUGAGAAUUCUCCUUACACAGCAUGUGCCAGUAAAUGAAUAUCCUGACAAAAUGCAGGAAUGGUACCACAGUGCUCUGAAAGAGCUGGAGAGCAAAGUGAACCGUUAUACCCCACUGGUAUGUGAGAAAAGGAAGCCAGUGCCGUUGAAACAGUAUACACCUAAAAUUAUGAAAGUUUUAGAGUUUGGAAGAAAGCAGGGAGGCAGCAAACAGGAGCAAGAAAGAAAGCAGUUGAUUCACAGGCAUAAACGUGAACUGAAAGGAGCCAUUCGUGAGAUUCGGAAAGAUAACCAGUUUCUGGCUAGAAUGCAGCUCUCAGAAAUCAUGGAGAGGUAA